AUGGCAGACAGCGAUGCCUCAACGCUGGAAUCUUCUGACUCCGAGGAGUCUGGCUCUUCUGAAGGGGACGAGGUAGAGAUUGUUGUUGAUAGUAUGAAAUCGACGAAUCUUAGAGGAAAUAACGUUCCAAAUCCGACAAAAGCGAAAAUGGCUGAAGCCUGGGACUCUGAUCGCUAUUAUCACGAGAGUCUGGUGUCGUCUACCGACUCUUCAGACGCAAAACACUUCAAUGUCCAUCGGGAAGAAAUCCGGACAACGCCCCUCUUCUCAGCGGAUGUGUUGGCAGGUGUCAACGAGACACAACCGGACGUGCUGCCCCAGUAUGGCUUCCUCGCCAAAGUUCUGGACACAUUCGGCGGCCAGGGUCAACAGAAAACGCAUGACCUCCUGACUCCAGACUUGGGCAUUUUCGGCGUUACGCUCAACCCCAACUCUCAGUCCUCCACGACGAGGAGGGGCGACAGCCGGCUGUUCGUCAAUAUGAAUGCUCCAUGGUCUGCCUUCAUCUGCGGUUCUCAAGGGAGUGGGAAGAGUCAUACCUUAUCAUGCAUGCUAGAGGCCGCUCUGAAGCCUUCUAGGCUGGGAAAACUCCCACGCCCACUGGCUGGGAUGGUCUUUCACUACGAUAAGUUCACGGGAUUCUCGGCAAGCCAAAUCUGCGAAGCGGCCUACCUCGGCUCCACAGGCAUCCCGGUGACGGUCCUGGUAUCGCCAAGCAACCUCCAUCGUAUGCGGAGGGCCUAUGAAAACAUGCCAGGGUUACCUUCGAAUGCACCCAAGCCGGUGGUGGCGCCAUUGCUGCUCGAAGAGAAGCACCUAAACGUCGAGCGUAUGAUGAAGCUGAUGGCUAUUGACGAGAAAGAAGGAAAGGUUGCCCUAUACAUGGAGAGCGUAUGCAGAAUUCUUAGGACGAUGGCCAUGAACAACCAGCACACCGCAGGUCUGAACUACAAGGAGUUCAAAGACAGACUCCAAUUGGAGAAUUUCAACGACGGCCAACGAGCGAUGCUAUACACACGUCUUCAGCUCUUGGAGAGUUUCAUGCUCCCGCCAGGAGUAUCAGGAAGCGGCUCAAUAUCACAGGUCAGACCUGAUUAUGCGAACACAAAGAAAGGAAACGCCCAGAGACUUGAAUGGCAGAACAAGGAUGAUGCACGACAGAGGGCGAAGAUUGCGAAAGCAGGCAUCUGGUCUUUCCAAGCUGGGAGCCUGACUAUUGUCGACCUGAGUUGUCCGUUCGUCGAUGAGAGCGCGGCAUGUGCUAUGUUCAACAUUUGCCUUGCCCUCUUCCUGGAAGACAGACAAGAAGCUGGACGGAUUGUGGCGCUCGACGAGGCUCACAAAUUCAUGACUGGGACGGAUUCAAGCUCAGCCUUCACCGAGAGUCUCCUAUCGGUGAUCCGCCAACAGCGCCAUUUAGCCACACGAGUCAUCAUCGCGACCCAAGAGCCAACGAUAUCCCCGAGCCUUCUGGAUCUAAGUUCGAUGACAAUAGUGCACCGCUUUACCUCCCCAGCGUGGCUUGUGACGCUCAAAUCCCAUCUUGCCGCCGUGUCCAGCGAAGGCGAGGCGUCCAAACGACAGGACAUUCUCAAGCAGAUUGUGGAACUCGGUGCCGGUCAAGCCUUGGUCUUUUCACCUUCAGCCAUGCUAGGGGUGGAUGAUCAGGACGGCAAUGGGAGUCCAAGGAUGCAGAAGCUGGGGACUCAGUACAUCAAGGUGCGUGUCAGACAGAGAAUGACCGUGGACGGAGGAAAGAGCAUCCUCGCGACUUAG